UGUGUGAAGAAAUUUUUCCUAACAAAUAAUUGUUUUUUAUUAUUAAUUCGCAAUUUAAUACUAUAAAAUAAAAUGUUCGAUUCGGUGUAAGAACGCCCGACGCGCAACUUGUGUUUUUUUUUAUACCGUGUGAAAUUCGAUUUUUUGAUUAUUAUUUUUGACUGUAUUUUCAUCCCAUUAACGGACGAUUUCAUUAUAGUCAUCUUUUCUACUACUCCAUCUAGAACUUUAGAUUUAAAUUGUUGGUGGCGUUUUAUCCCUUUGGACCAGCCAAGUAAAUCUCCCAUCCCUUGUUUUUUUUUAAGGGGGCACGGAGUAAUCCCAAAAUCGACAAAAAAAAAAAAAAAAAAAAAAAAUAAAAUGUUUUCACGAAAAAAGUCAGAGCCUGCUAAGAGAAGAAAUCAUAAUUUAUCACAGUUCGGUCUUACGGAUAUACCAGAUGAUUUUGAUCCUAGCUUAGGCUUUGACGGAGGGGAUCAUGAUGCUAAUGAUAGUGAUUUAGAAGCAGAAUUAGCUGCCAUUGCUGGGGGAGGUAACAAAACAAAACCAAAACCCAAACAAAAACCAAAUCUUUUACCAGCUAAUGAAUUGGAUAAAAUGAUAGCAGAUAGUUUAAAAGAUAUAGGAAGUGAUGAUGAAGACGAUGAAGAUACUGAAAAUGACACCGAUCUCUUAGGGGAGUUGCAAGGAAUUGUUGGCGAAGAUUUGGAAGACGGAAAUGUUGAAGAAGAUCCUACAGAGACUAGUCCGAUGGAACCAGAAAGUAAGCCAGAAAUAUUUUUGCCUACAACCGACAUAAGCACCGUUGAUAUAAUUAAGCAGCGUAUUGAAAUGUACAAAAUCGCUGAAGCUAAUGCUAAAGCUGCUGGAGAAAGUGCUAAAAUGCGAAGGUUUAAUCGUGGUCUCAAAACUCUAAAUGAUCUUCUACGACAAGCUAAUUCAGGUAAAGCCAUAAAUCCUGACGAUAUACCUCCGGAGGUUAGUGUAAAGCCAGCAGCUAAUAGUAAUUCGGGUUCAGAUAGUAAUCCCACUCCUGUCGUCGAAGAACCUCCUAAAGUACCUACAAGACAAGCUCCAUUGCCUCCAGCCCAGAGUCAGGAAGAAACCAAGCCAAAUGAAAACGAUAUAGCGCCUCAAACUUCGCAGAUUCAUCCUUUAGUCCAACAAAUGCGAUCACGCCAGCAAGAAUACAAAGCAGCGGCCUUACAAUCCAAGCGUGCUGGAGAUACAGCCAUGGCAUUGCAAUUCUUGAAAGUUGUCAAACAAUUUGAUGUUGUUGUAAAGAUGUGUGAAGAUGGUCAAGAAGUUGAUCUAAGUGAUAUGCCACCACCACCUGAACAAUUUAAAGAAUUUAUGGAAAAAAUGCAAGCUGCAUCUGAACAACCAGCAGAUCCAUUGCCGAUGUCACCGGCAGCGCCCGUCACCGAAUCUGUAUCUGUUGUAGAACCGAGUCUUAGUACUGCCACAAAUAUGUUGGAAGCUUUACAGCAGCGUCUAGCUAAAUAUAAAUCAGUCGAAGAGUCAGCAAAAGCUGAGGGUAAUGCCAGUAAAGCAAGAAGAUUUGGACGCAUAGUUAAACAAUAUGAAGAUGCAAUUAAAGCCUAUAAGGCUGGACGACCAGUAGCCUACGAUGAACUACCAGUCCCUCCUGGUUUUGGGCCUUUGCCUGUAGAAAAUGCAGCUGCUCCGCCGACACCAAAGGUUGAUUCAGUGCCACCAAGUCCACCUACCGUUUCAACUACUGCAUCGACACCAGAACCUUCACCAACUGCGACUGCAAAAAAGCCAUCGACUCCGCCCCAACAUAUUGAUCUAACGACACGUACAUCGGGAAAUCAACAGAAAAACAAUUUGGCCGAGCAUCAAAUGAAAAUUUUGCUAGAACGUCAAAAGGAAUUUAAGUUAGCUGCUAUAGAAGCCAAAAAGGCUGGAGAAAUCGAUCAGGCCAAAGAAUACUUGAAAAUCUACAAAGGUUUUGAUGCUUUAUUAAAUGCUGCCAGUAGUGGCUUACCAGUAGAUUUAAAUACUUUGCCAGUGCCUCCGUCGCAAAGAGAUAAUCUCGAGGCUUCAUUCGCUAUAAUAACAACAGAUGAAUGUGAUCCAGAUGACGAUAUUUCUGAUAUAGGUAUUCGGAUCGAAGAACAAUUAGCUAAGCAGUUGAUGAUGUGUAAAAAUACAAGAGAUCAUCACAAAGCUAUGGGUGAUAUUGCUGGCAUGAAUCGUUUUGAAAAUUUGGCAUUAACUGUUCAGAAAGAUUUAGAUCUAGUACGUUAUUCGAAGCGUAAAAAUUUCCCACUGCCAAAAUUCCACUACGAAAAACGUAGUUUUAAUAUAGUACAUUGUAAUACCGACUUAACUGAUAAUGAAUUAGAAAUUAUUGUCGUACGUGGUAUAAAUUAUAAUGUUCCUAAUCCAAAGGAAGUCGAUACCUACGUUAAAAUUGAGUUUCCACUGCUUAAUGAUGAAACGUUCAAAACAAAAACCAAUUUGAUUAAAGACACCGACAGUCCUGAUUAUGAUCAACAUUUUAAAGUUGAUAUUAUGCGAGGCAACAGACAAUUCCAACGUAUUUUCAAAAGACAUGGUGUUAAAUUUGAGGUUUAUUCAAGAGGAUGCAGUUUAUAUUGUUGUGGAUUAAGUCGAAUACUGCCCAUAUGUUGUUUCAGAGGAUUUUUACGUUCGGACACACUCAUCGGAACCGUUAAUGUCAAAUUGCAGCCACUAGAGACAAAAUGUGAUAUACACGAUACAUUUGAUCUUGUUGAGGGGCGUAAAAAAGUUGGCGGUAAAUUGGAAAUUAAAUUACGAGUUCGUAAUCCCAUAUUAACUAAACAAAUGGAACAUAUUAACGAAAAAUGGCUGGUAAUUGACACCUGAAUGAAAUUGGAUUUAUAAAUAAAAGAACGAAAUUAUAUAUUUAUCUUAGAAUAUAAGAAAUAUUUUAUUUAUUGAACAAAUCUUAAAAAAACGGUGUUCUUGCUUUUACGAAUUAUAUAUUGUAUAAAGUUGUCUGAAUAUUAUAUAGACUUCUACUACAUGUAUUGGUUUUAAUAACUCUUCAAAAGUGUUAAAAAUUGUGUUACAAAUGCGUAUUUUUAUUUUAUUGCUUGUAAUUUAAUUAUAUUAAAGCUAAAAUCAGAUAUUUACUACUAAAUGAACUUAAAUAUUUAUUUGGUUAAUCUCUUAA